AUGCUCCAAGGUUCAGGCCCCGAGCUUUUGGAGGAUGGACAGGUGAUCCCCUUACGCAGCAAGAGCCGCCAAGUGGGUCAGAACGAGGUCUUGGAGACCAGCUUGUUUCACUUCUACAUGGACCCAGGCCCUGGAGGCAAUUGGCCUCCAAGGCCUCUAGCAUUGAUUGGGCAAGGAAACGGAAGAGCAGAAGAAGCAGUCUUGCCGGCCAGAGUCCCUGACAAGCUGGCAGACUCUGACAUCCUCCCAGACUGCUAUGAUCCCUCCUCUGGCGUUGGUCGCUGGAACUACCAGGCCAGGUUGGGUGAAGGUGGCUUGGGCAUCGUGUACCGAGCAUAUGAUUGCCGCGGCAACCUUGGGCAUGUCGCCAUCAAGGUCUUGAAGCAUCCUCAACGAGCGUACUGGGGAAAGCAGCACUGCUUUGCAAUGCAUCGUGAGAGCCAAUGGUCCUUACAAAAGAUCCACAAUAGGCAAGAUGGCAGAUACUGUGAGAGUUCUGCCAAACUCUUCGCGAGAUACUUGGAGGAUCACACUGGGCUGCUCCAGGUUUGCCCAGGCAGCUUUGAUGAGCGGCGGAAACGCUUUGAGACGCCAGGACUGGAUUGGGAGAAAGAUGGGCCCACCGUCGUGGCAGCGCCCUAUGUGGUCAUGGAAUUGGUUGAAGGUGAAGCUAUGCACGUGGCCAUGGACCGGGAGUGGCGAGCUCCGUCCAAGCACGGUGUCAAGGAAGGGCCUUUGGAGGUCCUGAUUCAGGCUGCUCGAGCACUUGAGUACUUGGCCACAUUUGGACUCAUCCACCGUGACUUUCGCGGCUGCAACAUGCAUUUAGCCGAGCGAGCGGUGGACGGUGCAGAAUGUGUUCUGAAGGUAUUGGACCUGGGUGUGAUGAUCACCGAUGAGGAUUGGCAGCAGUCCAACACCAACGAUGCAGUGCAGGCCUUCCGCCGGCGUGGUGAGACCGAAGAAAAGCGUCGACGGUACGAUUGGCUGCCGUGGGAAGUGCGCAUCUCUGCGGACGGCAUUGGGCCACCACUGAACUUCGAGAAGCCGGUGCAUUCCUUCGACAUGUUCUCCCUGGGUGUUUUAGCCUUGCAUCUGACCAUCGGCCGUACGGAGGCGGUGGUAGCGCGUUCGAGGUUGAGCGCCAUGGAAAGCGCUGGUGCAGGAAAGGACCCGACAGCAGUGGAGGUCAUUGAUACCAGCAUGUUGGGCCAGGAACCCAGCCUCAAUGGUUUGGAUCCCAUGCUGCACCGCUACAUGCUGGGACCUGUCCUGCUCUCAGGGAUGGCCGCCCUUCGACCUGCACCCAGUGUGGUGGUCCGCUCCAUCGAGGCCGACCGAUGCCAAGUUGGCGGAUCCUCAAAAGCUGCCCCUGACGAGCAAAGCCAACGUAGGCGCCUCGCCGGGGACCGGUGGCGAUUCACGGGUGACAUGGUGAUUCACUGGGGAUUGGGAUCUUCUGCAGGUCGUAUCCAUAUGGCUAUUCUUUACCAACUUUUGUAUGCCAUUCUGGCAAAUCUUUUGGCUGCUGGUAGCACAGAAUGUCAAGCAAGAUCAGAGGCAGAUGUGGAACUAGCAGAAGAAAGAGAAAUCGCAGAGAUGGACGUCCAGUUGCUCCAAACCAAGGUGCAGGGGACUAUGAUGCGAGAGGGACAAAGCAGUGUCCCGAAACGUGUUGUUUCAAAGGAAGGAGGCGUAUGUUGGUCAAAUGAGGAUUGCUGCCUUGAGGACGCCGAUGGUUACUGUCCGUUAUUCUGUAAAGAAGGCACCGAAAUCGACACCCACAACGCCAAGGGAUGGGAGGUGAAAGGCCAAUGCAUGAAGAAAUGGCCUGGCUACUGCCGUGAGGACGAGCAGUGCAAGACGAUUAGCCAUGCGAAGGGCGAGAGUGGAGACCCCACCUAUAUCGGGAACGCCAUUUGCUUUCGAUCAGCUGGCUCGCUGGAUGGUACCUGUCGGAACGACACCAUGUGCGAUGCCAUGUCCUGCGGCCGUGGAAGUUGCCGCUGGGGCAAAUGCACCUGCGAUUAUGGUGUUGGUGGUGAUCGAUGUGACAAGUCUACAGAGGCUUUUGCCUUCCUUCUCUAUGGAAAUUCCUCUGAGAAUUUGAUCUCGGUACGAGUGCUGGUGAAGUCUAUGCGAGCGGCUGGUGCCAUCCAGGACAUUCUGGCCAUUGUCCCCAAGAACUUGAUAGGAACGAUUCCACCCAAGCAUUUGGAGAUUCUUCAGUGGGAUGGUGUGAAGAUUUACCCCACCGACCCGAUUCCGAUGCCUGCAGUCAUGGAUGCAGACCCAGUGAUCCACAAAAGAUGGAGUGGCGUCAUGAACAAAUUCGCAGUUUGGCGGAUGACCGAAUACUCCCAAGUAGCUUUGUUGGAUACCGACAUGGUCUUCGAUGUUGACUCAGAAAGCCCCGGGAAGAUUUUCUCCGAGUGCAGUGCGCCUUUGUGUGCGGUCCGUGAUGGAGACUCGCGGUUCAUGAACGCAGGCGUCAUGGUCAUCACUCCCUCGUCACAGCGAUUGGUGCAUCUUCUCCAGGUCUUGGCAGAUGAGCAGCAUCAUUUUGCAAUGCCUGAGCAGUCCUUUUUGACUCAGUACUGCAAGAACAAGAAGUUCAAGAUGAAGUUGCAGUUUCUGGACAAGAAGUGGAACUCCUGUGUGGGUGGCGGCAUGCUGCACAACACCGGUUGGGAGUCAACAGGCUACAAUGUGCUGCAUUCCUGCUCAUGGACAGGGAAGCCUCCGAAUAUGAAGAUGUGCUUCCCUGGGCACUGCGACAGCAAUCAGGAGUGGCACACGGUCUUGGUCUGGCAGUUCUUCCACAUGGAGGUGGACAGCUGCAUUCGACAUGCGGACGAGGGCAAUUGCCACAAGAAUUCAUGCCAGUGGUGCGGAAAGUAUUGUGGCACCAAAGAGAUCGAGUGCAACAAGAAACUCUUCAACCAGACCUACAUCAAGGACAAGGACGAGCCUGACAUCCAAGAAGCAGCACGACUGGGUGCUCUCACGCGCAGUGUGUGGGAUAUGCCAGAGAACACCUCGCAGCAGGAAUGGCAUAACCUGCCCGUUGGGUCCUGGGCCUGGCCACAGGUGGCCAUGUACCAGAUCCUCAUCGAUCGGUUUGCCACGCCUCACCCACAACACUGUGAAAAACUGAAUGAAUACUGCGGCGGCAACCUGCCUGGCCUCAUGGAGAAAGUGAGUUAUUUGGAGGAGCUUGGGGUGGACGGCAUCGUCCUGUCUCCAGUGGUGGAUCAGAUGCCGCAUGGCUACCAUGGCUAUUGGACAAAGGAUCUCACCAAGGUGAAUCCAGCCUAUGGCACCGAGGAAGAUGUUCGGCAGUUGGUGAUCCUUCUGCAUGAAAGAAGGAUGAAGGUGAUCGUGGAUGUCAACAUGAAUCACGCGGGCUCUCAGAAGGUUAAUGCCAGCAAUCCUCGGGAUGUGUCCAUCCUGAAACCUUUCAACAAGCCAGAGCACUACCACUCUGACAAUUGCAGCCUUAUCCAUGAUGCUGACUAUGAGCGGGGCUCAUAUUUCCUGGAACACUGCAAGCUUUACGGAUUGCCGGACUUCAACCAUGAGAAUCCCAUCGUGUGGCAAGGGCUCAUGCAGUGGGUGCGUGACCAUGUUGACAAGUAUGGCUUUGAUGGAAUCCGUGUUGAUGCAGCAAGACAUAUCAACAGGAAUUUCCUGAACCAUAUCCCGGAGACGGGUCCGCCCAUUCCUGCCUACUACGAGGUGGUGAACACUGACAUGGCAUAUGUGGCUGGCUAUGCCACCGGCGACUAUGGCGCUGUUUACAACUACCCCUUGUACUUCGUUUUGAAGGACAUUUUUGUCCCUGGUCCCAAGCAGAAGCCCAUGUCUGCUCUGGGCGAUUGGAUGGAGAAGCAACUGCCAAAGGCGCAGGGCAGAUUGAUGUUGAACUUCCUGGACAACAAUGAUCUGCCACGCUUCCUGUACCGCAUUGGAGAAGGUGGCGGCAUUGCUGAAGCCACCAUGAUGGCGCUGUACCACAAUGCCCUUCUAGCGAUGAUGGGCAUGGAGGGUCUGCCAGCCAUCCUUUUCGGGUCCGAACAAAAUGCUCGGGGCCGCUUGAACUACUCCGACCCUCUCAAGGUAGACAAUUGGCGCCAGCCCCUUUGGCAUCAUGGCUACAACACAACUUCGGAGACCUUCAAGCUGAUGAAGAAGGUGCUCUGGGUCCGUCAACGGACCAACGGCCUGCACGCAUUCAAAUGCAUCCCAGUUUACAUGGACUACCAGGUCUUGGUGUGGGCCAGAGGUCCAGCAAUUUUUGUUGUUAGCAAUGCUGGUCAGCCGAGCAAGAUCCCAUCACAGCGAGUCUUAUGGGACAAUGCCACUGCUGGCCUUGGGCCCUAUGGGACUCCAUCUCUGGUAUGCAACAUCCUUGAGGAAAAUCCUUUCGCAGACUGUGGCGUGCUGGUGCCGGGCAACAUCUCGCGCUUGCACUUGACGGGGGAUCCGAAGCUCUAUGUGCCCAAGGAGUACAUCACAGAAUACGUGCAGAACAUCAAGCUGAAGGAAAAAGAAGGUGAGCGUGUUGCAAAGGAAGCACAACGGGAACCGGUGGUGCUCCCCUUCACCAUGUGGAAGGCCAUGCCGGAACCGCCCAUAGUCAAGAUUCAGGCGCAGAAACGUGUGGCGCGCUCCUGGCGCCCGGGGGAUGUGACUCUGAAUGGCAAUCCUUCAUGGGUAUGGCAUGAGUUCCCACAACUCCCGCCGCAUUUGGACAAGUGGGGUCCACCCUUGGGCAUGCCAGUGCCCCAUGUGAUUAGUGGAGUUCUGAAAGAUGCAUGCUUCCAUUUAGGCCCUGGUGAAAAGGAUGGUGCAGUAUUUGCCCGGCGGAACAAUCGCACCUACGUGCUAUGUCCCGACUCUCCGCAGUACUGCCCACGGGUGAUUGAUGAUCAGGUAAACCUGACAGCCCUCCAAAAACAUUCCUUGAUGGCUGGCGGCUUCAAAAAGGAGUUGCCAGUGCUGCACUUGACCUUCGAUGUAUGGUACGGUGUGUACCACAUGCUGAUCAGUGCCCUUCCCUCCAUAGCUCCUCGCUUGGACAAGUUGCGCAACGGCACCAUGCAGGUGCGCAGCUGCGCAGCAGCGCAGCUUGGGGGAUGUCGUCUGGGAGCUCCCUCGGCCACCGCGCUGCUGACGGAGCUGCCGCGGAAGUUUCGGCAGAUUCGGAGCUGUUCGACACAGACAGGGCAUUGUCGUGGUUUUGGCUUUGUAGACUUGGAGAAGCCACUGGAAGCACUCGCAGAUUUUCAGGCGGGUAUCGUCGUCGACAAACCCAUUGACUUCACAGCACGCUUGGAUUCGUGCUGCGGAGGCAAGGUUGACCUGCUGUUUCCCUUCGUUCCCAGUGGCAUCCGGGCAAAGCUGCAGCUCGAUUCGACGGCUUUGCCUCCGCUCCAGACAGCACUGUUUUCCACCAUGGAGGAAAUCGGUGACUCUUCGGCCGAGUCACGGUGCGGGAUGCGAACGUUUCGUGGGUUUCGACGCUCUGGCCGCUUUUCGGUGGACACGCAGCGGAUCAGGUGGAGAGGCUGCAAGGUUGGAGCCAGAGAUUUGGACGCUAUUUUGGAAGAAUUGAGUGGGUUGUAUGACAAGAAGACCUUGGAUAAGAUUUACCGCGUUGCCACGGAUGAUAGGUCUGUCUUGGGGGUGGAGACCAAUGUCUUGCGACCGCCGUCUGACCCUCCUUUGAAACAGGCCUACAGCUUUUGUGCGCCGGAAAUUCACUUCGAUUUGUCGACCCGGCCGCAGUAUCCACGCUUUGAGUUCUCUGUUCCCUACCUGGCGGAGUUCCGCCGGAACUUGUUGGCUUCAGAUGACUGGUUGGAUGAGACCAGGCCCUGCGGUGUCUCUAAGAGGUCCCUUGGGCACAUCGUGGUGCUGUCGAGAGGUCACAGCGCCCGCGCCCUCGGGAAUGAGGACGAGAUGGUGCAGGCUCUGAAGACCUUGGGCAGACCCGUAGAGGUGGUGACUCCCGAUCCGGAGAACUUCCUCCAUACACUGCAGACGCUUUCAAGGGCUGAGGUGUUGGUGGGUGCGCAUGGGGCCAACAUGGCCAACAUGCUUUUUGCUCCAGACGGCAUGAAGGUUGUAGAAAUUGUCCCACAGGUGCCCUUCAAGAUGCAGGACUACCACUUUUGGGAUUUAGCUGCAGCCUUGAACUUCACCUAUUUGCCCAUUGGCGACAAGGUUAUGCCAAACGAGUAUGACCACCAGUUGGCCCUGGACCCAAUGACAGAGGACAAGGCGGUCAUUUCCAUGCACGUGGAUGUGGACGAGGUGAAGAGUCUUAUUGCCAACUUGCUGGUUUGA